CUUGUUUGUUUGAAGUGCUGCAGAUGGGCAGGAGUAGUUCUCACGCAGCGCGGUGCUGGCACAGAGACAGAAAGAGAGGAGGGCUGUAGGUGCCGAGGAGCAGUCAUUCCUGAACGCAGCGUGCUGCAGAUCUGGGUUAGACCAUCGCUGUGGAAAGGGAAUCUAUCAGAUGUAUCUGCUGGAGGUACAGGACAAGUCUCCCGGGGCGGGGUGAAUCCUGGGGCAGACAACCGCUUGGGCGAGGGGAGAAACGAGAGGGAGACGCUCAGCUGGGCAGCCUGGGCAGAGCCGGGAGGCCGAAUCUUGAGGACGCCUGCUCCUCCACCGGCAGGCCUGACUCUUUCCGACCGGCGGGUCUUCCAGACAGAGAUUCAAAGAACCUGAGGCUGGAGCCUACCUCUCCUGCUGACUGUGAAUGAAGACUGCAAUAUGCUCUGAUGCAAGUCCAUCUGCUCUUGAACUUUACAAAUACCUUUAAAAAGAUCUAUCUAGUAGUGUUUUUCCUUCAAAGUUUCCAACACUGUUCCUGAAGACUUGAAAGGGGUAUUAUUCACGUGUUUUAGAUGAAGACAGCUGAAUUAUCCAUGUGUUUCUGUUGAUGAUAAUUGAAUUGUCAAGAUAACAACUGUUUUGAGAAUGGCCAGUUUUCUCCAAGAGAUGAGCACGUGGAUGGACCUGCGGGAAGAUCCAGUGCUCAUCAGGGAUUUCACAGAGCACAACAGGCCCUGAAAUGUAGGAAGGAGACGAAAUUUGCACAAAUGAAGAGGAACCCAGCAGUAAAAAUUCUCCCUAAAAUUCCUUCAGAGCUGUGAAGAAGAUGAAGAGUUCUGAUGAGAGUUCAUUCUAAAAGAUAUCAUGGCUACGGAUGUCUGAAACAACAACCACCAAUGAAGAGAACAGGAAACCUCCUCUGAAUGGGAGACGAGCCCUUCCAUCAAGCAACUCCAAUGAUGAAGAAAAUGAGGUCCCUGAAAUGGAGGCUUUUGGAUUGAUACCUAGAGGAUUUAAUCCAAAAGAUUACCUGCGUGUUGUGGACAUUAAUAUGUUCAAGGAGCCCCAUGAGAUUAACAAGCAGCAGCACCACACUGACAAGUAUUACAGCCCCAAGCUGAUAGUGCGUCGGGGACAGCCUUUCCAAAUCCAGAUUGACUUCAACCGACCCUACAAGCCAGAGACAGACCAAUUCUGGCUGGAGUAUUUGAUAGGUCGCUACCCACAGCAAAACAGAGGCACCUACAUCCCAGUCCUAGUAGGUGAUGUGCUGAAACCCGGUGAGUGGGGAGCCAAGAUUACUCACAGGGAGAACAAGUCCAUUCGCCUGUCCAUCAUGUCCUCUGCCACCUGCAUCAUCGGGAAGUUUCGCCUGUACGUUGCUGUCUGGACUCCCUUUGGCAUCCUCCGGACACACAGAAAUGCAGCCAUUGACACUUACAUCCUCUUCAAUCCCUGGUGCCAGCAGGAUGCUGUGUAUCUGGAUGACGAGAAGGAAAGGGAAGAAUACAUCCUGAAUGAUGUUGGCAUUAUUUUCCAUGGAAACAUCAACGAAAUAAAAUUAAGAAGCUGGAGUUAUGGUCAGUUUGAAGAAAACAUUCUGGAUGCUUGCCUGUUCCUGAUGGACAAGGCAGAGCUGGAGCUCUCUGGACGUGGAAACCCAAUCAAAAUCUGCCGUGUUGCUUCUGCAGUGAUUAACUCCAGGGAUGACAAUGGUGUGAUUGCUGGAUCCUGGGACAAUACAUACACUAAUGGGGUCCCACCUUCAGCCUGGACGGGAAGCGUGGACAUUCUCUUGGAGUAUUACAGUUCUAAGCAACCGGUGCGAUAUGGCCAGUGCUGGGUCUUUGCUGGUGUCUUCAACACAUUUUUGAGGUGCCUGGGGAUACCUGCAAGACUUGUUACCACCUAUUCUUCUGCCCAUGAUAACAAUGCCAAUUUACAGUUGGACAUCAUUCUGGAUGACGAAGGGAAAGUGGACACCAAACUUACAAAAGACUCUAUCUGGAACUAUCAUUGCUGGAAUGAAGCUUGGAUGACCAGACCUGAUCUUCCUGUUGGUUUUGGAGGAUGGCAGGUUGUUGAUGGGACACCCCAAGAAACCAGUGAUGGUAUGUACAGGUGUGGCCCAGCUUCAGUUCAAGCCAUUAAACAUGGUCAUGUUUGCUUCCAAUUUGAUGCUCCUUUUGUCUAUGCUGAGGUGAAUAGUGAUGUUGUUUACUCAAGAAGGGAGAAAAAUGGAACCCAAGUGAUAGAAAAAAUCGACAAAACCCAUAUUGGACAGUUGAUUGUGACCAAGGAAGUUGGGGGUGAUGGAAUGCUGGAGAUUACUGAUGAGUACAAGUUCCAAGAAGGCUCAGACGAGGAGAGACUGGCUCUUGAGACAGCUGUCAUGUACGGCAUUAAAAAGCAAACUACCCAGGAUACCAUGUAUCACCCACAGACAGAUGUUGACAUGGACUUCCAAGUGCAAAAAGCAGUCCUUGGCAGUGACUUUAAAGUCACUAUAACUUUCAGGAACAGAAGCCGCAACUACUACACUGUGACUACAUACCUGUCAGGCAACAUAGUGUUUUAUACAGGAGUCGCAAAAAAUGAAUUCAAGAAACACUCUUUCAGUGCAAAACUGGAACCCUAUUCAUCUAACGCUUUUGAUGUUGUGAUCAAAUCGAGUGAGUACCUGAGUGACCUGCUGGACCAAGCCUCCUUUCAUUUCUUUGUGACGGCCCGGAUCAAUGAAACAGGGAAGAUUCUAGCCAUGCAGAAGGCAACGGUCCUGGAAAUUCCUGCCCUGAGGAUCAAGACCCAAGGUGAGAUGGUAGCUGGUAAAGAAAUGCUUGUGACUGUGGAAUUCACCAAUCCUCUGAAACAAGCCCUGGAGAACGUCACAGUCCGCCUCGAGGGACCUGGUGUGCUGAGAACAAUGAAAAAGGAGUUCAGGCGAAUCCCAAUGAACUCUUCCUUCAUCUGGGAAGUAAAAUGCAUCCCCAGACGACCAGGGUCACAAAAGCUGAUUGCAAGCCUGAAUUGUGAUGCUUUGAGGCAUGUGUACGGUGAGCUGAACAUCCAGAUUCAGAAACCAUGAACCAAGAUGCUGCCUUCUUUUCUCAUUUAAUUGUAUUUCAAAAUAUCACAUUGGGGGUGGAGGGGGAAGAGGUACAAAUCUGCUUAUUAUUGUUUUGGUCAUCCUUGUGCUGAACAAAAUUUGAUAAAGUAAUUGGUAACAGUUGGGAAAGCAUGAAAAAACACCUGGGUACUGAAUGAUUUAAAAUUAGGUACAUGUCACUCAAGGCAAUUCUAGGCCAUAAUAUUCCUAUAUUUCAUUUGUAUUUAUGGUCUUUUGCAUUACUGCUGCAAGGAAAUCUGGAAAGUUCCAUUCACCAAAGUAGUCUGAACUUUUAUUUUAAUUAAGGCCUGGUAUUUCACUGAAAAAGAAAAAA